UUGGUGAAAAGGGAGCCAGCUGGCACUGUGUUUUGGGUGAGUGGGUGCAGGGGUGGAGGAUGACAACAACACAAUAGUGUUUGCAACGUGCAAGUGUUUCAGUUCCCACCCACUGGAUCUCCCAGCACCCUAACACAAAGAUGAGGAUACAGGGACAGCCUGAGGGUGCAAGGAGGCGUCUGGAUUUAAAUGCAGUCGGUGAGCUCAGGGCCGUGGAGGUCAUCCGAAGUCGGGCAGGAUAUGGCUUCACUAUUUCAGGACAGAGGCCGUGUCUUUUGAGUGGCAUCCUGGAGGGAAGUCCCGCUGACCUAGUGGGACUUAAACAAGGGGAUCACAUCAUGGCAAUUAAUGGAACUGACGUGUCUGCUGCUGCGCAUGAGACUGUGGUGCAGCUGAUUGGCAGCUGCAAAGGACCCUUGCAGUUGGUGGUGCACGGUGAAGGCCGAAUCAUGGGGAACCCUAUUCUCCAUGAUGCUAAAUUUGGUAGUGGUCAUAAAAGUGGAAUUUACCAAAAGGCACUUGUUCUUCGUACCAUCUCAGAUGAUACAAGUAAUUCGUCGUUUAGCUCAAGUCAUGCUGCCAACACCAAACAGAAACAGAGGCCGGUGUCAGAGCCUGAUAUGUCUCAGGGGGCAAAAAACUGGAACUCUUUUGCAGAUCAGCCAAAGCAGGAAACAACCAGAGUUGAAGACACAGACUCUGUUUUAACAGAUACAGAGGAAGUGAAUCCAGAAUGGUGCAUUUUAAACAUGACCUUGGUGGUGGGCUACCUAAGCUCCACCGAACUCAUUCUAAACACUACCGAAUCAGAGGAGGACUGCUUAAAAGCAAUUCGUGAGCGGAUACGACAGCUGGGGACGGAGCAGAGUACCCACACUCUGGUGAUGAUGAAGAUCAUGUUUGACUGCGUCCGACUUUGUGAUGAUGCAGGAGCUGUUUUGGCAGCCUUUCCCACCGAGAACCUUGUUUUAGGGGCUGUUUGUGCUGAAGACCCACGUUUUUUCUGCUUGGUCACUACAGCACAUAUAAUAAAUGGCAGAGUACCAGAGGACAGCCCCCUACGGGCCUCCUGCCAUGUUUUCUUCAUUGACCCAGAGCUGGGAAACCAUCAUGACCAUGCAGGUAUUGCAGGGCGUUUUGGCUUCAACUGCACCGCAGAUCCAGACACUGAAGGCUGCCUGGAAUUCCCUCAGACCCCCCCGGAUGUUCUACACUUCGUCACAGUCCUGUACAGCGAUAUGGGGGAGGCUGUGGAGCGGCUUCGGGUCAGACUUGACAUGGAGGCUCAGCAGCAAGCCAGCGAGAAUGGCAGCACUGGAAAACAAGGUAGUGCCAGCAGCAAUGGGGACAGUGGAAUUGGAAAUACAUCCCCCCCUGAGGAGAGAGCAGAUAGGGAUUUCCCUUCUCCAAUCCAAAACCACCCAGGGGCCCACCUCCCCAGCUGUCCAUGGGAUUAUCCUAUGUCUGAAGACCUCACCCCAAUAAACCUCUCCAAGAAUGGUAAAAAACAUAAUCUAGAGACAAGUGCCAGCACACAUUCCCUUUCAGAAUCUCUACCUGGCCCUGACUCUCUCACCAGCUUUUAUGGAGGUCCCCCACCUAGACUGGAAUUCCAGUUCAAGCCCCCACCACCUCCUCUGCCUUUAAGUAAAAAAACAAACUUCUUUGCUGACCCUCUCAGAAGUAGUCAAAGGUGGUUCUCAAAGUCAAAGUGGCCAAAAGCACAAAGUUGUGAUCCUGUGCCUCUGGUGACAUCCAACAACAACUGGUCCUCUGGUGUUAACCACAGUGUUAGUAUGAAUAAUCUACCUCCCCCCAUGAGCCAAAUCCCCCCCAACAGGUACCGGUCAGCAGAGGUCAUGAUGCUUCCUCCUAAAGAAGAAUGGACCAAACACUUUCUUGAACAGAGAGACAAACUGCGGAAAGAUGCUAGUACCAAAAAUGGCUCCAGGUUUUGGGGUAUGGGUGUUGUUCGUACUUCCAAACGGCGCUCAAAAAAACGUCUGAGCCUGGCACGAUCACUGGAUGACCUUGAGUCUGCUGCUUCCUCAGAUGGCGACUACAGCGGAGUCCAGUUGCAGGGAUGCUGCAGCCAGAGCAGCCUGAACAGUAAUGGCAGCCUUCCAGGAGCAGGCAGCCAUAGAGGGCUUCCAGAGCAGCGUGUGGCCAGCUGGGCCGGCUGCUUCGAGCGUCUCCUGCAGGAUCCAGUGGGCGUGCGCUACUUUUCAGAAUUUCUCAAGAAAGAAUUCAGUGAGGAGAAUAUCUUGUUCUGGCAGGCCUGCGAAUACUUCAGUCAUGUCCCUGCAACGGAUAAGAAGCAGCUGUCCCAGAGAGCAGGUGAGAUCUACAACAGCUUCCUUUCCAGUAAGGCCACCAUGCCAGUCAACAUUGACAGCCAGGCCCAGCUGGCUGAUGACGUACUCACCUCCCCGCGGCCUGACAUGUUCAAAACACAGCAGCUACAGAUCUUCAACCUGAUGAAGUUCGACAGUUACUCCAGGUUCCUCAAGUCCUCCCUUUACCAAGAGUGUCUGCGUGCUGAGGUGGACGGCCGGCCCUUACCGGACCCUUACCACAUCCCCUGCAGUCCUGCGCCCUCCAAGCACAGUGCCAGCUCUGACCGCUCCACCCUCUCCACUCCCAAAAAGGAGGCAAGAAAGCAGAGAUCAGGGAGGUCACUGAAUGAAGACAGCAGAGACGAGAGCGCCGACAAGAAACGUGGUAUCUUCUUCUCCUGGUCUCGCAACAGGAGCUUUGGGAAGGGGCCAAAGAAGAAAGACAUAGGAGACAUUAACCUUGACUACUGGGGCAGUAAUGGGCGGAGGGAGUCCCAGGGGUCGUUGUCGUCCGGUACCAGCCUAGAGAUGGCUACUUCCUGCUCUGCUGGCAAGAUUGAGGCUGAUAAUCGCCACUCUGUCGGAGUUUGGGAACGCUCCCCGAAACACUGCAGCGUGAUGCUUCCGGACGGCUCCUGCUCUUCCAUCACUCUCCGGCCCGGCGCUUCCAUCAGAGACGUCUUGCAGGAUUUGUGUCACAACAUCAGUAUCAACAUCGCUGCUGUCGACCUCUUCCUGGUUGGAGGGGAGAAGCCUUUGGUGUUGGACCAGGACUGCAUGACCCUCAGCUCCCGAGAAUUAAGACUGGAGAAACGGACCCUCUUCAGAUUGGACCUGGUGCCCAUUAACCGCUCUGUGGGGCUAAAGGCCAAACCCACCAAACCGGUCACAGAGGUCCUGCGCCCUGUUGUGGCCAAAUAUGGCCUCCACCUCAGCGAUCUUGUGGCUAAAAUAAGUGGAGAAACUGAGCCUUUGGACCUGGGGGCCCCCAUAUCGAGCUUGGACGGCCUACGAGUUGUGUUGGAGCGAGCAGACCCAGCUUCAAGCAAAGACAAAUCCAAGUCUUCCUCCUUAAAAGGUCACCCUCCAACCAGGAGUUUUUCAGCUACAGGAGAUGAGAGGUCAACACCAAAGGACUUUUCUGUGAGAGCAAGUGGACCAGACUCAGGACUCCCAGUGGAAAAGAGAAAACAGAAAAAGAUUAAUAUAGAUGAAGCCGAAGAAUUCUUUGAGCUCCUGAGCCGUGCACAGAGCACCCGAGCCAAUGAUCAGCGCGGACUCCUGAACAAAGAUGACCUGGUUCUUCCUGACUUCCUGCGCCUCUCUCCGCCUGAGCUGGCCUGCUCCACCCCCGACUCGCUAAAACAAACACGGGAGAAUGGCGUCUCCUCACGUGGGGCUCUAUCUUCCAGCCUUCGUUCAGAGAGCCUGGACUCCUCACUCAGCUCCAGCGCCAAUGGACACUCUGCGGCAAGGCGCUGCCUCUUACCUCCUCCUCGCCACCCAACUUUCGGCACCCACCUGUCCCCUAUCUCCCGACCUUUAGACACCCGGCCCAGCCUCCGCACUGUGGAGGAGGACACCCACACUGACCUGACCCUAGUAGGGGAGGGCGACAUCAGCAGUCCAAACAGCACCCUGCUGCCUCCAACCCCAUCCCCUAAGCCGUCCUUCGAGGGCAGCAUCCCCGAAGCCAACUUCACCCCGCCACCACCCUGCUCCGAGUCUCAAGAUGCGGGUGAAGAGGGAAAGUCCAGCUCAGGCACUGAAGGAAAAACUGACCCGAGCUCCACCGCCACUGCACAGACGGCUCAGGACGUGAUGGACGUGGAGGGGGUACACCUGGAGGAGGGAACACAGGAGACUUCUCAGGGAGAGGACUCUGAGCUCAGCCUGAGCUUCCAGGGCUACGUGGCGGAGCUGCGGCAGUGCCAGAGCAAGAUGAGGAUUGCCCAGAUGCCGCAAAAUGGCCGCAACCCACCUGAGGCGACGGACUGUCAGACGGACCUUUUCAAGGCCACAGUUGUUUAAAGGGGACCGCCCCACUGCUGCACUUUGAAAGCCCUAGGCACCGUCUUUAGAGAGAUUGAGUCACACCAUGGGCUGCUUGUACAAAGCUGUUAAGUUACACUCCAAAACAGAUCGAUAUUAUGGUGAUAGAUAUUGUAUAUUUGUUACGAUUUAUGGCGUCUUAUUGUUGAUUUCUAGUAUUGGUUGUAAUUUGGGACAGUGAUGUUUUUGUUAUUGUAUAGUUUAAUAAUGAGGUGCAGAGCAACUCUAUCAGAAGCCAUGUAAGGCCGAGGAAAACCACGGAAGGAACUUUUUUGGUACCAGUUUCAAAUUAAGCGAUCAAUAACAACAGUUUAUGACCUGUUUGUAGUUGUUUUGUUCUGUUCAAGUUAAUAUUUGGUAAAACCUCUUAGUACAGGAGAAGAAACUGACAAAUAGAUAUUCCUUAGAUUACAACCAAGUAACACUUAGGGGGCGCACUCACACCAGACCCAGGUCCCUGCACCAAGAAGCCGAUCUGAUUUGGGCAUUACGAUACCAAGUGACUGCACUUCAGACACGCGUCCAAUGAUGGCCUGAUAGCAGAACUCACUACAAACAAUAAAUCAUCUCUGCAGCUCUCUUACUGCUGCUGCUUAUGAUCCCUAUGUGCUCAAAUGAAUGGGGGCGAUAUUUGCUGCAAGCUAAGAAGCUAGCAGUGCCUCUUUAACAGCUUUUCGCCCUCAUUUUCUUGUAAACUUUUAAAGGACUACUGAUACAUAUCAAAUACAUCUUUUUGAAUUGUGUUUAAUUGAAAUGACAACUCAGUUGAAGAUGGCACGUUAUACAAGAGUUGUGCCAAACCAUUUUUGGUAGUAUCACAACUAUUUUCUCUCAAUUUGUGGCUGUGCGUUGGUCUGAAACUCCACCACUGAUGAUUUUUCUGG